AUGGCGUCAGACGUCGUCCGCGAUGGCGUCUUUGCCAUCAACAAACCCUGUGGCCAGAGCUCGGCCCAGAUUGUGCGAGAGUGUCAACAAGCGUUUAACCCCUCGACUUUCUUCCGACCCAUGAUCGAGGCCGAAUUGGCGCGACGGCUUAAGGAGUCCGGAAAACAAUUCAAUCGUCGAAAGGCAGAGAAGAAGGCUUCGCAGGUCAAAAUUGGGCACGGGGGAACACUGGAUCCUCUGGCGACCGGCGUCCUGAUUCUGGGCAUCGGGUCUGGCACGAAAGUGCUGUCACAAUUUCUUGACUGCACCAAGACGUACGAGACGACUGUGGUAUUUGGUGUGAGCACAGACACCUACGAUCGAGUUGGCAGAGUGUUGUCGAGAAAGGGUUAUGAUCAUGUCACUAGGAAGUUGGUCGAGAAAGAGCUGGAGAGCUUCCGUGGCAAGCAGACUCAGAUUCCACCGUUGUAUUCAGCCCUCAAGAUGAAUGGAAAGCCGCUUUACGAAUACGCUCGAGAGGGAAAGCCUAUUCCCAGGGAAAUCGAGGGUAGACCAGUGGAAGCUCUGGAAGUUGAGCUUGUCGAGUGGUACGAACCGGGGAAGCAUAACCACAGGUGGCCGACUGAAGAAGCAGAGGCCGCGGAGCGCAAUCUCGCCGAACAAGUGUGGAGAGUGAAGAAGCAACAGGAGACGGGCAAGACGUUGACACCCGAAGAGAAGGAGCAGGACGAUCAGGCGAUAGCAGCGCAUGAAACGUUCAAGAAGCGAUUUGAGGAGAGACAAGAUGAGCUGAUCAAGGACUCGCCAUUCAAAAAGAGCCGGCAUAGCAAAGACCCCACGGCCAUGAUGUCGGGAGCUUUGGGUCAAAUGCCCCAGCCCGUCUAUUCAAAUAAAGGAUCCAAUCUGGUUCCCGCCACUCCAGACUCUAGCACGCCACCACCGUGGACUGACGAGGGACCACCAGCGUGCAAGAUUCGUCUCACCGUGUCGUCGGGAUACUACGUCAGGAGUUUCUGCCACGAUCUGGGCUCCAAGCUCGGCACGGCGGCCAUCAUGGCAGAACUGAGCCGCGUCCGCCAAAGCGACUUUACUGUUGGAGGUAUAAAUACGCUGGAAUAUGAAGACUUAGCCAAGGGCGAAGAGGUCUGGGGUCCCAAGGUCGCUGAUAUGCUUGCCCGCUGGAACGGUGAGCCAGAGGGUAAUUGGCCGGGAACGCAGGCAGGGUCCAAGUCGUCUCAAGACAAGGAAAAGUCAUCGAAAAAGCAACAGCAGAAGAGCUCUCCAUCUGCUGGGUCAAGCUCACCGGGCCGACAAGAGAAGAGAAGGCGGUCACCAUCAAACGACUCGGCCGAACCUCCACGGAAAGCAGUCAAGCAGUCAGAAGAAGGAAAAUCCAGCUUGGAAGUCGCAGCCAAGUCCGACGACGAAAAGUCGUGGAACGGAAUUGAAGACUAA